AUGCCAGCGAGGCAAUUGCCUUGGAGUUUGGUCUCUUACAGCACCUUCAUCGAAGCCUCUCCUCACUGGAGCACCAUGUGCUUGGCCCUGGAGCAGCUGCAAGAUCAAGGCCUCCGCUUGGAUGGCCAAGGCUUGGCGGGCGCCGCCCGUCUCUUGAGCUCCGCCUCGUGGCACCAGGUCCUGGACUUCUUGCGCUUCGGCGAGGCCUCUGGACUCUCCCCGGACGUGCAAAGCUAUUCUGUAUUGAUGUCUUGCAGCGCCUGGCAAGAUGCCACAGCUGUUCUGAUGAGGAUGCUUCAGAGGCGCCAAAUGGACCGGAUCGCGUGCGAGGUGGCACUCAGUGCACUGGGGCCAAGAGUGGAGAAGGUGUUUCAGCUGCUGGCCACCAUGCAGAAGUCUUCCUGUGAGGUCGGCCAUCGCGCGGUGGUCUCCAGCUGCGCCAGCGCGGCGCGCUGGGCUACGGCCGUGGAGCUGCUGAGAGGUCGGAGGGCUUGA